UUGCUGAUUUUCUUUUCUUUCGGGAGCUUCCUAGUUUCCAAGCAUCGCUUCUUUUGAGACCAUGUGCAGACCGGUUUUGUUUUGUUUUGUUUUUCUUUUUUCUUUUUUCUUUGCUGUUUGUUUGUUUGUUUUUUUUUGUUUUUUUUGUGUUUUUUUUGGAAGGGCAUUUCCCAUCCUGGUACAUUCAAGAAUGACACAGUUCCUGCGGCAAUUGUGAUUAUCGUAAAAGGGCUCCCCACUUUCGAUCUACCGCAGGCCCUUGGUGUUGUUGGGUCGGUGGUCACCUUGCGAAUACUAUGGAUUUGUGACCGAAAUUUACGCUAAAGUACCAGUUCGGAAAUUUGGGGUUGUGUUUAAUUCUAGCAGUUGCAGCAUCCUAUGCUGCUGUGCGUGAUGGAGUGCUUAGGCUGUUCUUCGUGAUGUAGUCAUCUCCCCAGUCCUUCGGUUUGUUUACGACACCAGCAGUAUCUCUUAAUGGCAGUUAGAAGGCGCUGGUACUUUUGGCGAACUGAAGGUGCUUGCUUAUUUUGGAGUCGGAAUUUGUGACUGUUUUAGUGCGAGAGCUCGGUUUACAGGAGCCUCUUGAUACGGACAAGAUGCGACGCAGUAAUCGAAUUGGACUACUCGUGAAGCUGAUUGAAACUCUCUACGUUUCAGAGUACGGGAUUACAAGUAUCCUUCGUGUACACUGUUGAUACGAGUUGUAGAAGUUAGGGCUGUUUACGUAAGCAGGUUGAAGAUUUCGGGAUAUGUCUUAUUUUCCUACUGUUCUUGAGACACUAACUGGACAUCAGAAGGAGAUUGUUAUCCUCGACCAUGGCGCUUGCCAGUCUUUAUGGAAACACGUGCCUCACCUUCUCGAUGAGUAUAAGUUAUUUUCUUCGAGAAAAUAACGUUCAGUGAUACUCCAAGUUUUAUGAUUAUGCCAAUAUUUACUAGCAAUUUUAGACGAGUCGGAGAUAUAAUCAUACAUUAGCAUCGGACACUCGGUCACUGGUGUGGUUGAACGGUCACGCACAUUAUCCAAAAGCAUUAUGACCUCAUUCUCGCCAAGGUGAUAUGUUUGUAAUAUUCUGGAAGGUGGUGCGUUGGAAACUUUUCACGAUCAUCAGGAUGUAGGGUGCUAGGAAUAUAUUUGUAGCGGCAGAGCACUUACGUGUGCAGAUAGUUUUAGGCUGCUGAUUCUUUUGGGGCCUUGACGAAGAAGAUCUGAACCAGCUGUGUCAUGCUACGCAAUCCAGUUUGAAGGAAGGGGUAUCAGGUUCUAAAUCUCUCCCACUUGGAGCGGUCAGAGACUCAACGGCAGUGCAGAUAUGCAGGAAGACACUUCUCAUAUUAUCCGUCCAGAAAUUGCCUUAAUCUUCGACAAGUCCAUUUUUCAAAGUGAUUCGCGCAGUGUUUUCCAUUAGGUCCAGAUUCCUUGCCAUGUACUCCAAAGCACCAAGGAUUUUGGCAGUCCCAGUUGCUGUUGCAUUGCAUCUUCAUCAUGCUCUUGUGGAUCCGACUACUGUGGAGAUUUUAUCAACAGAGAGCCACCUGUCUCAACUCAGUGCACCUGAUGUUCUUCCUGCAUUGAAAAAAGCACCUUGUCAGUGAUAGAUGCGUGAGAGAUGAGCGACUUAUUGCUGGAGCCUUUUAGUUGCUAUCGGUUCUGGAUUUAGUUACGGUUGUUGCAAUGGUUGUAGGAGAUUCAGAAGUUUAUGUCCAAUCUCUUUUUUGGGCGCAUCAAUUUAGAUUACAAUAUGCAGCAGCCCUGAUGCUAAUGGCCAUAAUCUGGAAUAGGUGUUGUAAUCCUUUUAGUAAUUUUCGUGAUUUGGAUUGAAAAAAGAGUAGGUUAAAGUACUACAUUAACUUGAUCACAAGUUUCACCUGAAAUCAGCUAGUUGUCCAUCAAUUUCUAAGCUAGCUGAAAUUUCUGUAUCAAGGAUCAGACAGAAUGGAGUCGAAUUGGGGUGGAGAAAGUGUGCAGUCUACCUUUUCUGGAAGUUCUGCAGUAUCUAAUCUAAGCUCCAGCAAGACUGAGAUGACUGCCACAUCUUCUACUCCGAACAAGAAGCUUAAACAUAACGAUGGUAGCUAUUCAAGUAGUAUUAAUUUACCCUUUGGAUCAACUUUAGAGCCCUCACAUGCAGACGCAUCAGCUGGUAGUCCUUCAUGCACGAGGGAUGCUAUAUCAAUGCUCAGCACAGAUCUAGAGGUGGGUUCCAGUAACUUCUUGAACAUCUCCUCUCAGUCUUCUAGGCAAAAACUGGGUGUUGCAGCUUCACUGCUCUCUACGGACAACGCUGCGGUGUUAACUGCGUCUCGAGCGAAGAAACCCCAACAAGAAGAGUUUAUGGACUUGCCUCAUUCUGUUCUGAAAAUGACGGCUACAGGGCUUCAAUGCGAUCUUAUCGUUGCUGGGCUUUUGCAUGCCCAAGGUCUUCUUGAAACGGUACUUUGCGUGCCCAAGGACUUGAUCAGCGUGCCAGUCAGGCUAUCCAAGGGACUGUUGUCUAAGAACACUUGCGAGGUGGUUGACACACAAGGGCUGUUGCUGCCAAGCAUGGUCACUGCAGCUUUGGGAUCUCGACCAAAACGAUAUUUAGCGACGAAAUUCAGCGCCGAAGAAAAUUUUCAGGGCAUGUGCUUUGCUCUCUGGUUGGACCCUGCAAAGGUGCCAGACGUAGCUGAGGAUGUGAUGCAGGAUGCCGGCCACACUCUCCCUCUUUUACUCGCAAAUCGUGUCCGAGCUCAGUGCUGUGACCGAAUGGGGCGCAGGUUCGACGCUAUUAUGAAGAGGAUGCCACAGGCAGUGGUUUUUGUGGAUGAUAAAGGGGCACCCUGCCUUGUCAAUGAAGCAGCAGCCAAAUUAAUGGGUCUCCCUAACGCAGGUGAAGCAGAUCCAGUGCAAGUAGCUGGUGGCAUUAGAAGACUAGCUGACCGGAGCAAAAAUCGAGGCAGCACAUACCGGUGUUUUAACUCUUUGGUAACCUACCCGGAUCAUUGUCACGAGUGGUUGUGGGAGCUUAAGGAUCCACGAAUUGUCUUACGAGUGCGAUCAUACCCAAUCACCAGUUUGGCAACCAUUGGUCGAGUAUGGCUAUUCGAUGACGUGACGAGGGAGAAGGAUGCACAUGAAGCAAUAGAGGCAGCAAACGUUGCUAAAUCUCAGUUUCUAGCCAUGAUGAGUCAUGAGCUUCGGACUCCAAUGACUGGGGUGUUGGGUAUGCUGGAUCUACUGCUUCUGACGUCUCUAACCCCAGAGCAGGGGGGAUAUGUCAAGGUUAUGCAAGUAUCCGCUGAGAGUCUUAUGCAGGUCUUGAAUGAGAUCCUCGAUUUCUCCAGAAUUCAGUCAGGCCACUUAGAUCUGCAGAUAGCAGACUUCCACAUUGGAGAGCUUCUAGACCAGGUCAAAGCCUUGUUUCAAGGAAAACUACAGGAAAAAAUGUUGAGCCUUACAGUAUCUAAGCCACCUCCGGACGAGAUGGCUGUGCGAGGUGACCCUAAUCGACUCCGGCAGGUACUUACAAACUUGCUGAGUAAUGCAAUUAAAUUCACUGAGCGUGGUGAUAUCAAGAUCAUAUGGAAACGCAUAGAUGAAUCGAUUCAGGGGUUUGUAAAGGAUGACGAAGCGCAGAGCGAACAUUGCCAAGGCUCACAACCACCUGAGAAUCAUGAAGUGGGUAUGAAGGAAGUUGCUGAGGAUGUCCAGGACCCAUCUUUCGUUGAUUUAAAACGUGAUCCUCCUGAAAUAGUGUGUGACAGAAGAGAGACAGUUAAUGAAAAUUCUGAGUUCCUGCUCGAUAUGAUUUCAGAGGAUGGUGAAGGGUCUAUGAAUAUGGGAGAGCCCCUUGACAAGCCACCGCUGUGGUUUGAGGUUCGCGUAUCAGACACAGGAAUAGGUCUCACGAAGGAACAGCAAGGUCGACUUUUUCAGUCUUUCUCUCAAGCUGACAGUAGUACUACGAGGAAGUUCGGGGGAACAGGUCUGGGGCUUGCUAUUUGCAAAGGUCUUGUAGAAGCAAUGGGAGGCAGGAUAUGGGUUGAAAGUGAAGUGGGUGCCGGAAGUACGUUUGUAUUCUGUGUGCCACUUAAACUAGCUCUCAAGCAUUGUAAAUACUUGCCUGAGGUGGACAUCCCUUCACGUGAAGGGGACAAGAGAGAAUCAAACUGGAAGGUUGAAGGGCGAACCCUGCGAGUUCUUGUUGCAGAGGAUAAUAAAGUGAACCAACUCCUUAUCUGGAAGAUGCUCAAACAUUAUGGUCACGAGGUUGAAUUGGUAGGGAAUGGGCAGCUUGCAGUGGACAAGAUCCAAACUGGCCAAUACGACAUGAUCUUGAUGGAUUUGCAAAUGCCGGUUUUGGAUGGUCUUAGUGCCACCAAAGCAAUUCGUGCAUUGGGUGGUGGUGUAGCUGAUAUGCCAAUCUUCGCUUUGACUGCUGAUGUACUGACUCAAGGUCGGGAGAGCCUUGGAGCUAUGGGCUUGACUGGAUAUUUAACAAAACCUAUUGAUUGGGUCGAUCUCUCUGCCAAAAUCAAUCAGGUAGUACAGAAUAAGAUCAUGCAAAGCUCUACACCAAGAACACCAUAGCUAAGCUAUUAAAAGACAGUUUUGACUCUAUAAUUGAGAACUUAUAACAUUUGUUGUGAAAAAGAAAUAGAAUCACAUGUGAAGAACUUUAUUAUUUUGAAUUCUUGCAAAUUGUUCUUUGAAUCAAAUAGAUUAUGGUUGGUCAA